AUGAGCAUAUCCCGGGCCAUUGGGGUCAUUAGUGGCCUCAAUGAAUGUGUCAAUUUGUUUCAGUGGGCUGGAUCUUCUAUUUCAUAUCUGCGCUCCCGGUGGUCCGCAACACAGGAGGAAAGUAUUCAUCAUGAAGUAUUGCACUUGCAGAGUGGCUUACAACGUCUUAGGGAUAUUCUUCCUGCAAUGUACGGCCUUAUUGACCAAGCAGAGUGGAGGAUCCACGAAGGUCGUGUCUCUGAGCUCCUUCCCAACCUCAAAGAUGCAGUGAAUGAUGCUGAUGACCUUCUUGAUGAGUUCAGAUGGCAUGAGCUAAAGAUGAAGGUGGAGGGCAAUGCAAAUCAUUCUGCUUUUGAUGACUUCUACAACACUACCGUACAAGGAAGCUUCAACAAAGUGAAUGAUAUCCAAGCAAGGUUGAAUAGUAUUUCUGGUCAGCUAGAGAAAAUGGGGUUAUAUGGAGUGACACCAGGGUUCGACAAAUCAGUCAGGCCAGACACUACCCCUUUCCCGAAUGAAAAAAAUAUAUUUGGUCGUGACAAGGAACUGGAGGAGGUGAUGGGAUUUCUUGGUGUACCUCAAAAUAAAGGAUGGGCGUGGUUAAAACGGAAGAGAGAAAGUAGUGCAGUCAAUGCAUCAACAAGCACAUCAGCAUGGAACCAAAUUAGUAAUGAAUCAAGAAUACCAGCUAUUCCUGUUUUGCCAAUAGUUGGAAUGGGGGGCGUUGGAAAGACCACUUUGGCUCAAUAUAUAUGCAAUCAUCAACAGGUGAAAGAUUACUUUGAGUUAAUAAUCUGGAUUUGUGCAGAUGACUUUGAUGUAAAGAGAUUAAUUAAAGAUGCCAUACAAUCCGCUUCCGGAAAAUGGACAAUUCUUGAUCAUUUAGCUUCUCUUCAACAUGCUCUUUCUCACAGUGUGAGCAAUAAAAGGUUCUUGAUUGUUGUUGAUGAUGUGUGGGAUGAUGCCUUGAAGGAAAAUGAGCAGCGUUGGAAAGAUUUCUAUGAUUCUUUAACAAAUGUGGUACAGGGAAGUAUGAUGUUGGUCACAACAAGAUUUCCAGAUGUUGCUGAUAGAGUGCGCACAAUGGAGCCUUUCCCAUUAGAUGGUUUGAAGGAGGAUGUGUUUUGGGAUUUCUUUAAACUUUGUGCGUUUGGGUCUGUGAAUUCCCGGAAUGAUCCUGAGUUAGAGAGGAUUGGAAAAGGCAUAGUUCCAAAGUUGAAGGGUUCUCCUUUGGCCGCCAAAACUCUUGGACGUCUAUUAGGAAUGAACCUUCAUACAACACACUGGAAUAAUAUACUAGAGAGUGAACUCUGGAAGUUGAAACAAGAGAAGACUGAUAUUUUGCUAGCCCUUCGGUUGAGCUACAUAUAUUUGCCAUUCCACUUGAAGAGAUGA